UCCUGAUAGUUUCUCAGUGAUGUGUCAUCACUAAAAAAGGGGACAUCUUUGUUUUUGAUAGAAAACUUACCGCUGCUAAACGAGACGUGAAAAAUACGUCGAUUAACUAUUCUGAGCUUAAUUGAGCUUGGUUUUGAAGCACGGAAAGGUGGUAGCACUGCCGAGGCCGGCGGCCAUCUUGGAAAAUGUCUCGUCAAUGAUGAAAGCGGAUAAGACGGAAGUGAAUUCUGGGUACUGCCGUACGUCGAAUUGGCUCUGUUGCGUAGGAGAGGUUUGAUUAAAAUUGUUCGAGAACCGGGCGGUUUGAUAUCGGUGUUGGUUCGAUUUCUCGUUUGGCGAACCAGGAGUGGUGACUCAAUUUUCUGUGCGUCGUCGUAUCGGCUGAAUCUCCUGCAUCGAUUUCUCUAACUAGAGUACUGAGCAAUCUCGAUCAAACGAGUUCUCGCGAGGUGAAGAUGAUCGAUCUAACGGUGAAGACCUUAGACUCACAGGAUCAUACCUUUUCCCUGGAAGACGAUAUAACAGUUCGUGGCUUCAAAGAACAUAUAGCUGAAUCUGUCUCGGUACCAGCGGACUUGCAAAGACUUAUUUAUUGUGGUAGAGUGCUUCAGGAUGAAAAGAAGCUUAAUGAUUAUGAUGUAAACGGGAAAGUUAUUCACCUGGUUCAGAGAGCACCACCUCCUCCAGGCCAAAGAGGAAACAGCGGAGGUCAGGGUCAAGGCCAAAAUCAAGAUCAGAGUUGGCAAUCAUCCCAGCGGAGACAGUUUACAGAGAGCCAUGGACAAGUUCAUGGAAAUGCCAUGUAUUUGGGAGCUAUGUCUGUUCCAACGGAAGUUGUUGAGGGACAAGGAUUACCAGUACCACCACUCAGCAAUACUUUAUCAAAUGGUCGUUUGAUUGUGGCAAAGCGCAUGCUUAAUCGGUCAAUAGAAUGUAUUUAUAAUCACAGACAUCCUCGCGGUGCAACAAGUUCCACCGAACCUUAUGAAGUACCUUUAUCCCUAGAAGUAAAUAUUCAAGAGGAAUCGGAACCAGUUUUGGAUAAUACCAAUGAAAUUGGAAGAGAAGCAGCCAGUAGACCUAGUUUUGAGCAAGUGGUUACUGCAUCGAUAGCAGCUGCUCUUGGGCUCAGUAAUGUGUCCUUCAUGAGAGGUGGUACCGAAGAAGGUAACCAGUCGAGCACUUCAACUGCUUCAGCUGAUAACACAGCAACUGAGACACAACAGCAAUCGGAUCAACAAGAGCAACCAACGGCAGCACCCAGUAGCGAAUCGCAAUCCACCAGAACAGAUGCUCCAGUUCAGCAUACUCGGGCAAUGGCUAGGUUAGUGGACAGAUUAAUUGACGCGCAAAACCGCCUAAGACCAUACCUACAUAAAUAUCGGCAUAUGAUGGCUUCGGACCCUGAAUUAACCCCUGGAGCGUCUGAACAAGCAGAAGAAAAUCAAAGGAUAGUCAAUUGUGUUAGUGAAAGUUUGCACUACCUGGCGCAUGGAUGUCAUGCUCUAAGUGACAUAAUCGUCGACAUGAGGCAACCGCCCCCAAGAAAUUUGCGCUGUAGACCAAUCCUUAUCCAACAUUCUGCUGUAUUGCAAGCUGGCAUACCGAUACAAGUUGAAGCUCACAUAAGUUUACAAGGGCGCAAUUCCAACAAUAAUACUGGUUCGGAUGAAGCAAGUCGAAGAACAAAUGAUCAAGCGACAGCAGGUAGGAAUGAGUCUACAGAAUCGACUACUACCGAAGGAAGAGGAAGGGCUCAACAGGAUGCAACAUCACAAAAUCCACAAAAUGAAGAAAAUCAGCGACCGGAGCAGGAACAAUCAGCACGACAACAGACACGACCACCUUUUAGUACGGUUUUCAAUUUACCAAGUUACCAAUUACAAAAUAACGUAGAGGUAUUGAUGGAAGUCAGUCCAGAAAUGAGCAGCAUGGAAUCGACUGCUCAGGGUGAACAAACUCAAGGCACUGGGAACAACAACAACAAUAACGCAGGAGGCAUCGGUGGUGCUAGUGGUAUAUUUCCAAGAGGGUCAGCCCCUCCGGCAGACUUCAUUCGAAAUCUAAAUCACGCUAUAGAAGUUGCCGCAAGGGCUCUAAUGAGUGAAAAUUCCACAUCAGGGAUCGGAACCCAACAGACCACUCUAGUGACCAUCGAUGGUGCGGGCCUGAACCCAGGACAGAGUACACAAGCUAGGAGCAACGUGGAUACACAUCCUACAACAGCUACGCAGACUCGCAGCUCGUCUCGUCCACACGUUUUCGAACCGCACUCACAUCUCGGAAUCGGUGUUGUGAUGGGACAAGGCAUAGAAUUCGAUCCACUACUGCCGUGUAAUUCGCAUCACAUUCGUCGAACGCCAGCGACAACCUCGAGCACAAUUGGAACAACACAGUCGCAGAGUCAGCCUAAUCAGACCGCUCCACCGCGUGCCCACGGCUGGAGUGCACUAGAAGUUUUGCCCUCGAUCUCAUCGACCUCAUCGUCCUCGUUAAAUUCUAGUACUCCAACGAGUACGGCGAGCUCUUCGCCUUCGAAGUCACAAACGAAACCUCCUCCCCCGCCGCCAGAGGUGAAAAUGUGGACCGAGGCGGAGCCCGUGGAGGAAGGCGAAGAGACCCCACCGAGUACUUUCCUUGGACACGAUGUAGUGCCAUCCGACUGGAUGCCGGUGAUCGCUCGCGAUGGUGUCCGGCAAAGGCGUCAGCUGGAGAACAUGGGGAACAAUGACGCGACUGCCUUCAACGACGCGUACCUCAGCGGACUGCCGAACAAGAAACCGAGUCCCUCCGCGACAUCCUCCACCCCGGAGGAAGAGGCUUCUACGGCAUGCGACGCCACCUCGGCUAAGAAGACUUCCUCGGAGGACGCAGCGACUCCCGAUCCCACCUCGUCGCAGUCGCAGCCGAAGCCAAUGGAGACCGACGCCGUCGAGACGAAGCUCACGUGCGAGACGGAGCCGAUGGAGAACGGUGAGGAAAUCCCGACGACAUUCCCGGGACACGAGAAUUUGCCCUCCGACUGGGUGCCUAUUAUUGCUCGCGACAGCGUGAAACAGAGGCGCCACCUACAGUGCGUGGGGUGCGAAGAUGCCGCACCACCUUUCAGCGACGCGUAUCUCGGCUGCAUGCCCAGCAAGCGGCGCAAAUUAAUCGAGCAGCAGAAGCCUCGUCUGCUGAUGAGCCCGACGCCGAGUCACUCGCUUUCGGCGAUCUCGGCGUCCAUGGAGCGACUCGUCAGGGAAGGCACGAACCGCGCGGGAGUGCACGAGGUUGAAGGGGCAGCAGUCGCAGUGGCUACGACGCCCGCCGUCAGACGAGCUUUCGGACGGGCCAUCAGAGAUUGUCUGCAUCCACGGACAUACCGCACGCCAGACUUCCCGGAUCCGCGGCGGUUUCCAAACGCGACGAAGUACUUUGCCGAUCAAGAGCGUCGCGGCGACUAGGCCGAAUUUCCGGCGACGCUGUUUAUGUAAUCGGAGCACUGGGCACGACUUAUUAUCGACCCCUCCUUCCCUCCUCCCUAUAACAUACGAAUAUUCUGGAAAUGUUAUUACACUACCGCAUUUAAUAUCUCUGUGUAAUCGCUGGUAUAUUACUACUUCGCACACAAUAUAAUGUUCCAAAAUACUAAAUCUUA